UGACUAGACUACCCCCGGCCCUGGAUCCGCCUUCCGUCUCCACCGCCCCACCUCGGCGCCGCCGCCGCCGCCGCCGCUGCCGCACAUCUUCAUCACCCCGGGCCCGGCAAUGCCAGCUGCCGCGCCAUAGGUCACCGCGCGAUGCCCCCGCCCGCGCCCGCGGCGCUCCCCCGUCUCCUCGCGGCCAUCUCCGCCGCCGCCUCCUCGCCCGCCGACCUCCGCCGCCUCUCCCACCUCCUCCUCUCCCCCUCCGCGCCGCCGCCCCCCAUCCGGUGCCUCAACACCCUCCUCAUGGCGCUCGCCCGGCACCGCAUGCUCCCGGACAUGGAGUCGCUCGCCGCCCGCAUGCCCGCCCGCAACCUCCGCACCUACACCACCCUCAUCAACGCCUACUGCCUCGCCGGCGACCUCCCCUCCGCCAAGCGCCACCUGUCCUCGCUCCUGCGCGCCGGCCUCGCGCCGGACUCCCACGCCUACACGUCUUUCGUCCUCGGGUACUGCCGCGCGGGGUUGCUCACGCACGCCUGCCGGGUGUUCGUGCUAAUGCCGCUACGGGGGUGCGCGCGCACCGCGUUCACGUACGCGGCCUUGCUCCAGGGGCUGUGUAGCGCUGGGAUGGUGCGUGAGGCUAUGGCGGUCUUCGCUGGGAUGCGGCCUGAUGGCUGCGACCCUGAUCAGCAUGUGUACAGCACGUUGGUGCACGGGUUAUGUGGGGCCGGACGAACUGGAGAGGCGGAUGCGCUGCUCACAGAGGCAAUGGGGGAGGGAUUUGUGCCGAAUGUUGUUGUUUACAAUGCUUUGAUCGAUGGCUACUGCUGUUCUGGUGAUUUGGAGCUUGCAGUUGGUGUCUUUGAGGGGAUGCAGAGUAAAGGGUGCUCGCCGAAUGUCCGCACAUAUACUGAGCUGAUAUGUGGGUUCUGCAAGUCUGGGAAAGUAGAGAGGGCCAUGGUGAUAUACAGUCGGAUGGUUGAGGCAAGUUUAGCUGCAAAUGUGGUGACAUACACAGCCUUAAUCCAGGGGCAGUGCAACAAGGGGCACUUGGAAUGUGCUUUUAGGCUUCUUCACUCGAUGGAGGCUAGUGGGCUGGUCCCUAAUGAGUGGACUUGCUCAGUGUUGAUUGAUGCUUUGUGCAAACAUGGAAGAAUUGAGGAAGCUCAGCAAUUUCUCGGGUCUCUUGUUCAGAAGGGAAUUCACGUGAAUCAGGUUGUCCACACCAGCAUGAUAGAUGCAUUGUGCAAAGUGGGAAAGUUUGAUGCUGCUCAUAAUCUGAUGCGGAAAAUGGUCACCGAGGGGUUUGUGCCAGAUGCCCAUGUGUACAGUUCACUUAUUGAUGGGCUAUGCAGAGAAAACAAGCUGUCGGAAGCAAUGUUGCUAUUGGAUGAUAUGAUGGAGAACGGAGUACAAGCAAAUUCUGUCACAUAUACCAUUCUAAUUGAUAAGUUACUUAGGGAGUUUGGGUCUGAAGGUCCAAAAAAGAUAUUUGGUAGGAUGGUUGUAGCAGGUAUAAAGCCUGAUGUUUUCACUUAUACAGUAUUUAUACGCUCCUAUUGUCAAGAGGGAAGGAUGGAAGAUGCUGAAUCCAUGAUGGUUCAGAUGAUUGAUCAUGGUGUUUGCCCUAAUUUAGUCACAUAUAACACAUUGAUUAAAGGGUAUGCAAAUCUUGGACAAGUCAGUCAAGCAUUUUCAUCUUAUAAGAGCAUGGUUGAUAAUGGAUGCAAGCCAAAUGAGGAGUCUUACACAGUUCUUCUUGAACUGCUGCUAAAGAAAAAUUGCUCUGGUGAUAUAGUUGCCAACUUUGUUAAUGUAUGGAAAAUAGCUGACAUGAAAGUUCUCAAUGGACUUUUGGAGGAGUUGAUUAAGCUUCAGUCCACCCCAGCCAGCUAUAUCUACGAUUGUUUUAUUAGAUGUUUGUGCAGAUUUGACAGAUUGGAGGAAGCAAAAAGUUUUCUCACAGGGAUGCAGAGUGCUAACUUGACCCCAAGUGAGGAUGUAUAUACUUGUAUUAUAGAAUGUUGUUGCAGACUGAAAUUGCUAAAAGAAGCAUUAGGAUUUCUUGAUACAAUGGCCAAAAAUGGCUAUUUACCACAUUUAGAAUCUUAUAGGUUUAUUAUUUGUGCUCUUUGUGAAGAGGGAAGCUUUCAUACUGCUAAAAGCAUUUUUGGUGACAUACUAUCGAAGGAAUACAACUGUGAUGAGAUUGUUUGGAAGAUUCUGAUUGAUGGUUUAUUACAAAGGGGAAACACUGCUGACUGCUCUAGUCUGCUAUCGUUCAUGGAGGAACAGAAUUGUUGUCCUAGUGCUGCAAUAUAUGCUAGGCUUACAGGUGAAAUAACAGUUGCGAGUGUUUAGGAAAUUGCUACAUAAAUUCAUAUUGACAAACCAACCAACCUUAGUGUUGAUGUUGAUGGGCCCAUGAAUAUAAACAAGAUGGAUGAACUGAUAGCAUAGAAGACUCUGGCACUAUAGUGCCCCUGUAAUUGUGAGGAAGGAUGUGGCAACACAAACAAGCCCUGAUAUCCCAACGUGAGGCCUUCAUUCUCCUGUUCAAUAUCGGCACAACAAGUAAAAGAGCUGGAGAGCUGGAGAUCAGGGAUGUGCAUGCGGAUGAUCGGCGACUUUUGACUAGAUGGUCCAAGGAACAUUUCGGUCGAGGCUCUGACAAGAACACAACAAAUAUUAGAGUGGAAGGAAAACAUGUGGAAUUUAAAUCUUCUGUCUGGGAAGUACCAGAAACUGCUAAGUGUAUAUCAAAGUAAGGGAACUACUAUUACUGUUAAUCAUUUUCAGGCAUAUCAUUAUUUCUAUGCACUAUCUUUUAUUAGAGUAACUACUUUUGUUCAAAAAAUAUUAGACUUGCGACACAGAUACUUCAUAAAAUAGCAACAUAUUCUCUGAUUGUCUCUUCUAAUAUACUAGCCUGCUGACAAUGCAGAGGCCAGGAAUUCCAUACAUUUCAAAAAAAAAAAAGAACAAUAUAGCCUGCCCCUAAUUAGUUCUUCUCACAGUGCAUUUUAUAAAACCUUUUCUUGGUCUUGGGUGAUCUUUGUUUUAGAAAAAGACCUGGUCACCCAUCUUAUAUUAAUAAGGAUAGGAGCAGUAAAAACAUGGUGCAAAAAGGCCCCCAAAAGGACAAAAAAAAAAGGGGAUAGGGGGGAGGGAGCAUCAUGGCGAGGUGUUUGGCCCUGGCAAUGCUCCAGCUCUGGGCUUCAUCUUGUAUUUUCGAAAUAAUUUCCAUGACUGACCAUACUGGUUUGCUCUUUCGAAAUGGUCCAUAUCGUGAGCAUGGCGAGGGAUCACGUUCCUUUUGCCUGACUGCUACUGGGGCUGUGACUGCUGCUGGGGCUGUGUGUAAGCUGCAAAUACCAGUCCUCCAAGUCCAAGGAGGAGAUGGAGUUCCAGCUUGCAGAUUUGAAUCCAUCCCCAGGUUCCAUUCACAGAAUGCAGAAAUAAUUGUUGGGCCAACCAUGGAUUUCGAGCCUGUUGGCAGUCCAGAUGCGGUUCUUGGGAUUGACGCAGACGAAGCAAAAAUGACUGCAAGGAAGCAUAUGCAGAAAGCAAAAGCAGCAAUUCAAAAGCUUGUGAUAACACUUGAAAAGAAAGGCCAUACUCGGUGGAGACGAUUUUCAGUACCCUGAAGUCUGGUCCUAGGAAAUGCAGGCGGUAUGCAGUACAUCAACUGCAAUUCAAGAUCAGCAUUUUGCAGUAGUAUCAAAUGGCGCAACACCGCAGCAAGAAAGGUCAAAUGUGUUUGUUGAGUGGAUGCUUCACAUGUCGUGCUUUCAAGAGAUGCAGUUCUAUGCUCACGUACUAUUAUUACUCUCAAGAUGGUGUAGAGAAAAAAACAGAGCCUUGUCAGUAAAAAAUUGGGGCCAGCCAAUUUUUUCCCCAUCCAAUGGCUAGUCUACCAACAGGGUUCAUGUUCUGGGCAUUCCUUUAGUUAUGAUUCUACCAGGGGAACAUAAGAAAGCAGAGAAAAAAUAAGAGGAACUACUGUUCUCAUGCAUUACUUGUGAAUUGUGAUUAUUGGUAUCUGACCACAGAAUAAUAAGACUUCCUGUUCUGCUA